UCUGUCCCGCCUGUGCAGACGAACCGAAAUAAAUCGAAGAACUGUGAGCGAAGCAGAGCAGCACGGUUCUUGCUGGCUGGACGUGCAUAGUGAUGUUAAAAAGGAGUAUAUUUCGGUGCUUCAUGCGAAGACAAAGCAGUGAUCCGCGCUGAGACCGAGAAUAUUGUUUCGAGAAUACCGAGGACUGUCGCAGAGAAGAGUUCACGGAUGCAUAUGGAGGUGCCCCUGAGCCGGCGCUGCCUGAACCAGCUCAACAGCUGAUCGGAGUACGAGGCGGCGGUGACCGGGGCGAGAAUUGCACCACCACCCCGCAUACGGAAAAAAAAUAUACGAUAUAUAUUGGUUACUGGGUACUCAGUGGUAGCUUUAGAUCAAACCAGAAACCUCGUGCUUUUGAAAAAAACCUCGAAAAGAAGAAAACGACAGAGGACGAGACCCAAGUCCUUCAUUUAAGUGGACACGCCAUCAUGGUGAAAACUUUCCAGGCAUACCUGCCCUCUUGCCAUCGCACCUACUCGUGCAUUCAUUGCCGUGCUCACCUAGCCAACCACGAUGAACUUAUUUCCAAGUCAUUUCAAGGUAGCCAAGGACGUGCCUACCUCUUCAACUCAGUGGUGAAUGUCGGUUGCGGUCCAGCAGAAGAGCGAGUACUGUUGACGGGGCUACAUGCAGUGGCUGAUAUCUACUGCGAAUGCUGCAAGACAACACUUGGAUGGAAAUAUGAGCACGCGUUUGAGUCGAGCCAGAAAUACAAAGAGGGAAAGUUCAUAAUUGAACUGGCUCAUAUGAUCAAGGAAAACGGGUGGGAAUGAACGGGUGAAUCUAUCGAUCGGAGUGAACCUCCGGACGUCACACGGAGACUUACUUCAAAUGCUUAUGACGUUGUUUUAACUGCAAUGUGCGGUAAUUUUUAACCGUCGAACCACCAACGAAAGUCUGUGAUUUCAUUUGUGAUUUCUAAUCUUAGUAACGUUUAUGUUCUCGGACGAUUUGAAGUAUUGGAUUUUAGUGUUUCGAUUUAUCUAAGUAAGCGAUGAGGUUGACGACAUUCACGCUACUUGUCUUUACAGAUCCAGCGAAGAGUAUUCGUAACGUAAUUAUUUUUGAACGAUAAUCGAAAGAUGGAAUUAAAGAUGACGCGGUUCAAGAAACGACCAUGAAUAACAAAUGUAAUAAAAGUGCUGAGGGUAGUGGAGGUUUUAUAAACAGGAAUUGUGGCUCUUUACAAGAACAGUGGGGGUACCUCCGGGUAAUAAUUUAAUUUUGACUGUCUUGUAACAACUCCACAAACGUACUAAACGUAUUUAUACAUAUAUGUAUAUCCUUAUAUCAUACUAUAUAUAAUGUAUACUAUAGUACACGUGUAUUAUACAUAUACAUAUAUGUAUAUUCAUAAAAAAAAAUGAAUAUACAUACUACUAUGGUUCAUGAAUACCAUGAUGAUCGUGCGGGUUAGGUCGAUGAUCAGUCACGAAUUACGCACCGAACAGCGCCAAGUAUCGAAAAAACUUUGCUGGAGCGACCAUCUACCGUCUGCUUGCCUGCCUACCUGCCUCUGCGUUUAUCAUUGGGAUUUCACUGCCGAUAUUCCUUAAAAAAUAUAAAUUCAAAAUGCUGCAUCAUCUCUUGGCGUUGCAGCCCUAGACAUAGUAUAGCCUACAUUGUAACGUGUAUGAUAUUGAAAAGCCUAUAAUAUUGUAAUACUAUAGCGCUCAUGAUAUGAUAUAAGAUCAGAGAGAUAUGAAGUAUAAUAUGAAGAUAUGUCUGGGAGAAGCGGGAAAAAGGUGCGAAAAAGAGGAUGUAUGUGUUUGCGUAAAUUACGUGCAGGUGCGAGAAAGAGAGAGAGAGAAAGGAAGAUAGCGACAGUGAAGUUCGCGAAGGGGCCGGGGGGGGGGGGGGCUAGAUUGGACAGAUGAGUAAAAGGAAAUCACUAUUUACUUCUUCAGGAAUAGUUGCGCUGUUGUGAGUGUGGUAUAAUCAAAUGAACUGCGCGUUCGUAUGCACGCCUGAAAAAGAGCAUGCGAUGGAAGGAGGACAUGGAUCAAAUUGACGAUAAUUGCUCAUUAAUUUAAAUACUGAUCUCAUCUGUAAAUAUUUAUUAAGUCUGGCGCGAGAACUUGACUAAGAUCAGAUCAUUUCGUUGUAAAUGAAUCACGCACCUAGAUAAUAUAAUCAAAUUUCAUUGUAGUUAUCACAAUGUGGGUGGGCAUAUAUUCGUCUCCGUUAUUAUUCGCUAAUUUAUUAUUGUCAAUUUUGAGAAUAUAGUAGCAACAUCGUUCGAUGUAUAUUUGUCGGCCCGCUUUACGAGGGAUCCUUAUAUACCUGUUUCAAGUUCGGUCAAUUGCCUAUUUUAUCGUUGAUACUAUUAUUAUUCUUUUCUCAAUUCGUUCACUAUUUUAGAUAUGAUUGGUAUACAAUUUGUUACCGAUCAAAAUGAUUACACUGGUGAACUUCGCAUCCAUUUUUUUUUUUUUUCAUGUAUAAAUGGGAAAAAUGUUUCGCUUUCGUUUAAUUCUUUUUCAUAAUUUGAAAGCUUGUUAUAUGCAAUACUUUCAUGCCCACAAAGCAAGAAUCGGAGUAUGAAAAUUAGAAAUUCGCUGAGAUCUUCGUACUCAAUGAUUAUUCGAGGCAUACAUACGACAGUGCAGUAUUUUAUGUAGGAAUGAACGAACGUGUACAUGUGGCGGCCUAAUCCUCAUACUGUCUCAAACAGUACCUACUUUUUAUAUUAUUGUGCUAAGCUCUCCUUUCCACCAACACCUUUUCUCAAUCCCCCACCCAUCAUAAAGAUACCUGUCCACCUCUAACCACUUUUGAAUCCCAAGCCUAUACAAAUCCACCUCUACUCACCUUUGCUUUAUAUAAAACAUGUUCGUAAUAAAAAUAUUUCGCAACAAA